AUGGAGCGGAGGCCGGGGAAGAUGACCCACACCCAGAGGAACCUCUUUGGCCCCGUAGACCAUGAGCAGCUGCAGCAGGACUUCCAGCACAUGCUACGCAACAGCGUCGAGGGGGCCCAGCAGAAGUGGAACUUCGAUUUCCUCCAGGACAUGCCGGUGGAGGGGCUUCUGCAGUGGGAAGAGCUUGAGGGCCACGAGGUGCCCGCCUUCUACCACAGCUGCGUGGUGGGAGGUGCUCGGAGGCCACUGCAGCACUUGAACUGGCCCCUGGGCUGCGAGGACAGGAGCCACCACUUUGCCCAGGUGGCACUGACUGAGAAACCCAAAACUUCCAAGAAAACAGGGGGCAAGAGGAUCUCGGAAGGGAAGAAAAGACGACAGACAUCUUUGACAGAUUACUACUCGGCAAAGAAGCGAGUCAAAACGAAUAUGCAAGCUGCUGCAAAGAAGUCAACUUCUUGA